GGGCAGUGGUAAUCAAUGGACAUGAGUGUUUGAUGUUGUGUUGUUAUUAUCAUUAUACUCUACAAAUAACGUAAAUAAUGGCGGACGCAGCUGCCCGUCAACUACAAUAUGAGUAUAAAGCUAAUUCAAAUCUUGUGCUCCAAGCCGAUGUCAGGCUUAUCGAACGUCGCAGCCGCGAUGAAGCGACCGGUGAAGUUAUGUCCCUUGUUGGGAAACUUGAUGGGACAAGAAUGGGGGACAGGCACCAACGCACUAAACCCGUGAAAGCUGCAGAGAGAAAAGCGAAGAGGCAGAAACGAGAUGAAGCUCAGUAUGACUUUACACGAAUGAAAGGAGCAACGCUGUUGUCAGAGGGUGUGGAUGAAAUGGUGGGAAUACUGUACAGACCAAAGACACAAGAAACCCGACAAACGUAUGAGGUUUUAUUGAGUUUUAUCCAAGAAGCUUUGGGAGAUCAGCCACGAGACAUCCUGUGUGGAGCAGCUGAUGAAGUUUUGGCAGUUCUUAAGAAUGAUCGAUUAAAAGAGAGGGAAAAGAAGAAAGAAACAGAGUCAUUACUCGGUAGUCUGACUGAUGAAAGAUUUGCCCUCUUGGUCAACCUUGGUAAAAAGAUCACAGACUUUGGAACAGAAGAAAAAACACAGACCUCCGAGGAAAAUAUUGAUGAAACAUAUGGCAUAAAUGUGCAGUUUGAAGAAUCUGAGGAGGAAGAUGAUGAAGAUAUGUAUGGUGAAAUCCGUGAAGAAGAGGAUGAUGAUGAAGGAGAAGAAGCAAAGCUGGACCGUGCAAUUCAUGCCGAAAAUUUGGGUGGUGCAGAAGAGACCCGGAAGGAAAAAACUCUACAUCCAUUGGACAUUGAUGCCUAUUGGCUUCAGCGUCGACUCAGCAAAUUCUAUGAUGAUGCUAUGGUCUCUCAAGCUCGAGCAGCUGAAGUUUUAGCUGUACUACGAGAUGCUGGGGAUGAUCGUGACUGUGAAAAUCAACUUGUAUUACUUUUGGGCUACAGCUGUUUUGACUUCAUAAAGUUAUUGAAGCGACAUCGGCAGAUGAUCCUUUAUUGCACAUUGCUGGCUUCUUCUCAAAGUGAAUCUGAGCGCCAGAAGAUACGAGAGAAAAUGAGUGAGGAUCCAUCUCUAGUUAAAAUUCUGAGAGCAUUGGACACAGGUGGAGGUGAUGAUGAAGAAGUUGUCGGAGGUGGUGGAGGUGGCCGAGGCUCAUCUGGCAGGUCUCGCCGAGACCAGGGAGGUGAGGGAUCUGGGGAUGUUGGAGCUGCUAGUGCUGCCAAUGUACCAGGACAGCGUGUCAUUGUAGACCUGGAAGACCUUGUAUUCGCCCAGGGAAGUCAUUUUAUGGCGAACAAACGUUGUCAGUUGCCUGAUGGGUCCUUCCGUAAGCAAAGAAAAGGUUAUGAAGAAGUGCAUGUUCCAGCUUUGAAGCCAAAGCCUUAUGGAGCAGAUGAAUGUAACGUUCCAAUUGAGAAACUGCCAAAGUAUGUUCAACCUGCAUUUGAAGACUGUAAAGCGCUAAAUCGCAUUCAAAGCAGACUGUACAAAGUAGCAUUGGAAUCUGAUGAAAAUCUACUUCUGUGUGCACCAACGGGAGCUGGUAAAACAAAUGUAGCAUUACUUUGUAUGAUGAGAGAGAUAGGGAAGCAUAUUAAUCCAGAUGGUACAAUAAAUGUGGAUGAAUUCAAGAUUAUUUACGUUGCUCCCAUGAGGUCACUAGUACAGGAAUUAGUGGGUAAUUUCAACAAGAAGCUGAACUCUUACGGAAUCACUGUAUCAGAGUUGACAGGAGAUCAUCAACUGACAAGGGAGCAAGUACAGGCCACCCAAGUCAUAGUGUGUACACCAGAGAAGUGGGACAUAAUCACACGGAAAGGUGGUGAGAAGACCUUCACACAGCUUGUACGACUUGUUAUAAUUGAUGAAAUUCAUCUUUUGCAUGAUGAGCGAGGUCCAGUGCUGGAAGCACUUGUUGCAAGAACAAUCCGUAAUAUUGAAACAACACAGGAAGACGUCCGUUUAAUUGGCUUGAGUGCAACUUUACCAAACUAUCAAGAUGUUGCCAAGUUUUUAAGAGUCAAACAUGAAACGGGUUUGUUUUAUUUUGACAACAGUUUUCGCCCUGUUGCUCUUGAGCAACAGUAUAUUGGAGUUACAGAAAAGAAGGCUCUAAAGAGAUUCCAGGUCAUGAAUGAAAUUGUUUAUGAAAAAGUGAUGGAGCAUGCAGGACGUAAUCAAGUCCUUGUGUUUGUACAUUCACGCAAAGAGACAGGAAAGACAGCAAGGGCUAUAAGGGACAUGUGCCUUGAGAAGGAUACACUUGGUCAGUUUCUAAGAGAAGGAUCUGCCUCCAUGGAGGUUCUGAGAACAGAAGCAGAACAAGUUAAGAACAAUGAGCUGAAAGAUCUACUGCCAUACGGAUUUGCCAUCCAUCAUGCUGGGAUGACUCGUGUUGACAGAACUCUUGUUGAAGAUCUGUUUGCUGAUCGACAUAUUCAGGUACUUGUUUCCACAGCAACACUGGCUUGGGGAGUUAAUCUUCCUGCUCACACUGUCAUCAUUAAAGGCACACAGGUUUACAGCCCUGAGAAGGGGCGCUGGGUUGAACUUGGUGCUCUGGACGUGCUCCAGAUGUUGGGACGUGCUGGGAGACCACAGUAUGACACCAAGGGUGAGGGUGUUCUGAUAACGAAUCACAGUGAACUUCAGUACUAUUUGUCACUUUUGAAUCAACAGCUACCUAUAGAGUCACAAAUGAUCAGCAAAUUACCUGACAUGUUGAAUGCUGAGAUUGUUCUUGGCACAAUACAGAAUGUCAAAGAUGCUGUAACAUGGCUGGGAUACACGUAUUUGUAUAUAAGGCUUUUACGAGCUCCAACUCUGUAUGGUAUCUCCCAUGAUACAGUGAAGGAAGAUCCACUACUUGUGCAACACAGAGCAAAUCUCAUCCACACGGCAGCUUUACAUUUGGAUCGUAGUGGUCUUAUAAAAUAUGAUAGGAAAACAGGUCACUUUCAGGUAACUGAACUUGGUCGAAUUUCAAGUCAUUACUAUUGUACACAUGAAACAAUGUCAACAUAUAAUCAGCUUCUAAAGCCAACCCUCAGUGAAAUUGAACUUUUCAGGGUGUUUUCUUUGUCUGGAGAGUUCAAGAAUAUCACAGUUCGUGAAGAAGAGAAACUGGAGUUACAGAAGCUCAUGGAACGAGUACCCAUCCCAAUUAAGGAGAGCAUAGAAGAACCUAGUGCAAAAGUUAAUGUGCUCCUGCAAGCAUACAUCUCUCAGCUGAAACUUGAAGGAUUUGCUUUAAUGUCAGAUAUGGUGUAUGUUACACAGUCAGCUGCACGGCUGAUGCGUGCUAUUUUUGAAAUAGUGUUGUACCGUGGUUGGGCACAGUUGGCAGAUAAAGCUUUGUCGUUAUGUAAGAUGGUUGACAGGCGAAUGUGGCAGUCUAUGUCACCUCUUAGACAGUUCCGUAAAAUGCCUGAAGAAAUAGUGAAAAAAAUUGAGAAGAAAAAUUUCCCCUGGGAGAGAUUGUAUGACCUGGGACCAAAUGAAAUAGGAGAACUCAUCCGAGUUCCAAAGCUGGGAAAAACCAUUCACAAAUAUGUACACCAAUUCCCAAAACUUGAGCUAUCCACUCACAUUCAACCUAUUACCCGAUCUACUCUUCGAGUUGAAUUGACAAUUACUCCAGAUUUCCAGUGGGACGAGAAGCUGCAUGGUGCAUCAGAAGCAUUUUGGAUUCUUGUUGAAGAUGUUGAUUCUGAAGUCAUUCUUCAUCACGAAUAUUUUCUUUUGAAAUCAAAAUAUUCAACUGAUGAGCAUCUCGUAAAAUUUUUUGUACCAGUAUUUGAACCUCUGCCGCCACAGUAUUUCUUACGAAUUGUCUCAGAUAGGUGGAUUGGAGCUGAAACACAACUUCCCGUCUCUUUCAGACAUUUGAUUUUGCCAGAAAAGAACUUGCCACCUACAGAGCUUCUUGACCUGCAGCCAUUGCCUGUAUCUGCUCUCAGGAACAAUGUGUUUGAAUCAUUAUAUUCUGACAGAUUUCCACAAUUUAAUCCAAUUCAGACCCAAGUCUUCAAUGCUGUUUAUAAUAGUGAUGAUAAUAUCUUCAUUGGAGCUCCUACAGGUUCUGGAAAAACAACGAUCGCAGAAUUUGCAGUUCUGAGACUAUUAUCACAGAAUUCAGAUGGUCGAUGUGUGUAUCUGGUACCAAAAGAAGCUUUAGCAGAACUAGUGUUUCAGGAGUGGCAACAAAAAUUUGGUAUGUCACUUGGUAAAAAGGUUGUAUUACUUACAGGAGAAACUGGGACUGACUUAAAACUCCUGGCAAAAGGACAGAUAAUUGUGUGUACAGCAGAAAAAUGGGACGUUCUGUCAAGGCGAUGGAAGCAGCGAAAAAAUGUGCAGAAUAUACAAUUAUUUAUUGUCGAUGAGCUUCAGUUGAUUGGUGGUGAAGAUGGACCAACUUUGGAAGUAGUAUGUUCUCGUAUGCGGUACAUAUCAUCUCAGAUAGAAAAACAAAUCAGGAUUGUGGCAUUGUCAGCUUCCUUAGCAGAUGCAAGAGAUGUUGCUCAGUGGCUUGGAUGUAAUGCAAAUGCAACAUUCAAUUUCCAUCCAUCCGUUAGACCAGUACCUCUGGAACUUCAUGUGCAGGGUUUCAAUAUUACACACAAUGCCUCGAGACUUAUCGCGAUGGCAAAACCAGUGUACAAUGCUAUUUUAAAACACAGUCCUCACAAACCUGUUAUUGUGUUUGUACCAACCAGGAAACAAGCUCGCUUGACAGCUAUUGACCUCCUAACUUUCACAGCUGCCGAAGGACAACCAAAUAGAUUUUUCCAUGCAGAGGAAGAAGAUAUCAAACCAUUUUUAGAUCGCAUGCAGGAUAAAACACUUCGUGAAACAUUAUCACAAGGUGUAGCAUACAUACAUGAAGGCCUUACUCCUGGAGACCAUAGGCUUGUUGAACAAUUGUUUGACUCGGGUGCAAUACAGGUGGCAGUAGUCACAAAAAAUCUAUGCUGGGGUGUGAAUAUUGCUGCACAUUUAGUGGUCAUUAUGGACACUCAGUUUUACAAUGGAAAGAUACAUGCAUAUGAAGAUUAUCCCAUUACAGAUGUAUUGCAAAUGGUUGGACGGGCAAAUAGACCAUUGGAAGAUGAUGACGCAAAGUGCAUUCUCAUGUGUCAGAGUUCCAAGAAAGAUUUCUUUAAGAAAUUUUUGAAUGAAUCACUACCAGUUGAGAGUCAUCUUGAUCAUCGUCUCCAUGACCAUUUCAAUGCUGAGAUUGUUACAAAAACAAUUGAAAACAAACAAGAUGCAGUUGACUACUUAACAUGGACUUUCUUAUACCGUAGGCUAACACAGAACCCAAACUACUAUAACUUGCAAGGUGUAACUCACAGGCAUCUGUCUGACCAUUUAUCAGAGCUUGUAGAGAAUACACUGAAUGAUUUGGAACAGUCAAAAUGCAUUAGCAUUGAAGAUGAAAUGGAUUGUUUACCUCUGAAUCUGGGUAUGAUUGCUGCAUAUUAUUACAUUAAUUACACAACUAUUGAAUUAUUCAGUUUGUCCUUGAAUAAUAAGACCAAAAUCCGUGGUCUGCUGGAGAUUAUCUCCUCUGCAGCAGAAUAUGAAGAUGUCCCCGUACGCCACAAAGAGGAUGCACUACUGAAGAAUCUUGCCCAGCGCCUUCCAAAUAAACUGCCUCAAGGAGCUCGGUUCAAUGAUCCACACGUGAAGACAAACCUGAUGCUGCAGGCACACCUUUCCCGAUUGCAGCUUGGAGCUGAACUGCAAGGAGACACUGAGGUGAUUUUGGGGAAGGCGAUCCGACUCAUUCAGGCCUGUGUUGAUGUACUGAGCUCAAAUGGUUGGCUGUCUCCUGCUGUUGCUGCUAUGGAGCUGGCACAGAUGGUGACACAAGCCAUGUGGAGCAAAGACUCAUAUCUAAAGCAGUUGCCACACUUUACUCCUGAAAUCAUCAAGCGAUGUACUGAGAAGGGUGUGGAAACAGUGUUUGAUAUUAUGGAACUUGAAGAUGAAGACCGCACUAAGCUGCUGCAACUUACAGAUCAACAAAUGGCAGAUGUUGCACGCUUCUGUAAUCGUUAUCCCAAUAUUGAACUGGGAUAUGAGGUACAAGACAAGGACAGGAUACAUACAGGUUCAUCUGUGAAUGUUCUUGUGCAGCUUGAGAGAGAAGAUGAAGUUACAGGUCCUGUAAUUGCACCAUUCUACCCACAGAAACGUGAAGAAGGAUGGUGGGUUGUGAUAGGUGACCCAAAAACAAAUUCCUUACUGUCAAUUAAAAGGCUUACACUUCAGCAGAAAGCAAAAGUCAAGUUGGACUUUGUUGCACCAAGUCCAGGUCACCAUACAUAUACUUUGUAUUUCAUGAGUGAUGCAUACCUUGGCUGUGAUCAAGAAUACAAGUUCUCAAUUAAUGUAGGAGAUUUCGAAAGCGGAGACAGUGAGAGCGAUAGUGGAAGUGACUAGGCCUAACAGGCUUGUAAAUUUUCAAGUGACUGAUUUUUGUAAAUAAUGGCAUUUCAUCAUCCUUUUAUUGUAUAUAUAUCAUUCCAUCUUUAUAAUUUUAUGUGUUUUAUCCAUCUAAAAUAGUUGUGGAUAAAUUAUCAGAGAGCUGUGUAAAUGAUGAGUGAAACUUUACUGUGGAUGUGUUUAUUAAAAAGUUUGAUUAAUAAA